GCUCCUUGCACAGAAUUCAAGUCUCGUGCUCUCCACGUUAAGUUUUGGACUGGGUAACGAAACAAAAUUAAGAACUAACAUAAGAAAUGGGGAAAAAGAAAUGUUCCGGUGGAGGUAGCGCUUUAGGCAGAACGCUGGUAAAGCACAAGAAUCUAACAAGCUUGAGUCACCGGAAGACGGGAUCCUGGCUCCAUACAAGCGAACUUAAUGAUGGCUAUGAUUGGGGUCGACUCAACUUGCAAUCUGUCACAGAACAGAGCUCCAUGGAUGAGUUUCUGGCCACAGCAGAAUUAGCCGGAACUGAGUUUGUUGCAGAGAAACUCAAUAUUAAGUUUGUGCCUGCGGAAAACAGGAGUGGCCUUCUAACAACAGAGGAAAUGAAAAGGAUCCAUACACUUCAGGAGGAGAAUAAACACUUCUUAAGAAUACCACGGAGGCCUUACUGGGACCAGAGUACUAGUGCAGAAGCGCUGGAGAUAUCAGAGAGAGAGUCUUUUCUUGAAUGGAGACGAUCACUUGCACAGCUUGAAGAACAACAGAAACUAAUACUUACCCCUUUUGAGCGCAACCUGGAUUUUUGGCGGCAGCUUUGGAGAGUCAUUGAAAAAAGUGAUGUUGUGGUUCAGAUUGUUGAUGCUCGAAAUCCUCUGCUUUUUCGAUGCCAGGAUUUGGAAAGCUAUGUCAAAGAAGUGUCAGUGCAUAAAGAAAACAUGUUGCUAAUAAACAAAGCCGACCUAUUAACUCAAGUUCAACGCAGAGCCUGGGCACGUUACUUUGAAAAGGAAGGGAUCCGAGCUGUAUUUUGGUCCGCACUAGCUGAAGCAAAGCGACUGGAGGAUGAAGAGAAAGAAGAAGAAUUGGAAGUAACUGUAAAGCAGCAAACUGAUUCCAAGACAGACACCUCUGAAGAUGACGACCAAGAUAAUAUUGCUCAAAUUGAGAAUGACCAAGAAAGUCUGACAAAAACUAAUAGUAUUGCAAAGGUGUGCCAAGAUGAGGAGCAGGAGGACAGUGACCAAGGCAAUGAAAUUUAUGAGGACUGUGAAGAUGAGGAUGAAUGGAAGACAUGUUCUGAAGAUGAGAAUUCUGAAGGCUCAGAGUUCUGUGAUGCUAAUGAUUUUUCUUGCAAAAAAACAAUUAAGAAUUCUAGUCAUCUGCUUCACAAAGACGAGCUUUUAAAAGUGUUCAGAGCUGCUCAUUCUGGUCCUUGUGUUAAAGAGGGACAGAUUACAGUGGGCCUGGUGGGUUACCCGAAUGUUGGAAAAAGUUCCACUAUCAAUACAAUUCUACGAAACAAGAAAGUUUCUGUAUCAGCUACUCCAGGACACACAAAACACUUUCAGACACUGUUUGUGGAGCCUGGUUUAUGUCUCUGUGACUGUCCUGGACUGGUGAUGCCAUCUUUUGUGUCCACAAAAGCUGAAAUGAUCUGCAGUGGGAUCCUGCCCAUAGACCAAAUAAGAGAUCAUGUACCACCCAUAUCUUUGAUUUGUCAGCAUAUUCCUCGGCAUGUCCUAGAAGCAACCUACGGUAUUAAGAUAGUUCAUCCUAGAGAAGAUGAAGACCCAGAUCGACCACCAACAGCUGAGGAAUUACUUGCAGCUUAUGGGUAUAUGAGAGGUUUUAUGACAGCACAUGGACAACCGGACCAGCCCAGAUCAGCACGCUAUAUCCUGAAGGAUUAUGUUAAUGGUAAACUGCUGUACUGCUAUCCACCACCUCACAUAGAUCCAGCAGAUUUUCAACCCACACACAACAGAAUUGAGAAAGAGCUGACUUGUGCAGACAGUGGUUACACGAUUGCACAGAACAAGACAAAACCAAUCAACAGAAUUGAGAAUCCUGUAGACAAGAACUUUUUCAGUCAGGAUAAUGUUCGGGCCCUCACUAGAGGUGUUCAGUCAGUAAUGGGCUACCAUCCAGGAGGUCUCUCCAGCUCAACAGCAGCAAACACAACAGAAAACAUCUUGGGUAAACCCUGGAAAAAGCAUGGGAACAGGAACAAAAAAGAGAAGACUCGAAGGCUUAACAAACAUUUGGAUGCAUAGUCUUCAUGUGUUGGAAUCUAAUGUUUCAGAGUUAUGACCAGUAUUGAACAUCUGUAAAUUUUAUAUAUCUUGUACUUUGGACAUGGGUGCACAUAUUCUUUGCACAUUUUUAAUCUAAUUCUACUAUUAGCAUUAUUUAACUUCGAUAAUAAGGGAAAAUACAAUUUUUGGUACUACUUUGUAUCCCUUUACCAGGCAAGCAUAUAACAUGUUGAAAAGGAACAAAAAUAUUUAUUACUAAAUUGCAAACCAAAAUUACGUAUUCAAGUCACAACUGCAAUUUCAAGUAUUGUUGGGAAGACACAUUCUGUUUUCCCUUUUCUGUGAUAGAGAAUCACUUUUAAAUUAAAACUGUUCAAUAUUAUGGUAUUUAGAAAUGUAAGCAGCAAAUUACAUUUUUGAAGCAUCUCAUAAAGCCUUAAUCUGAGAAUGUGGUGGGUUUGGAGUUGUCAAUAGUCAAGCCAGUGGUACUUCUGUUAAACCAUGCCUGAUCGCAAAGCUUGAAAUUCUUACUGUAUAUUCAUCAUCUGCUUUUAAUGCAGCAAUCAUUACUUUACGUUUGGGAAGUAGAGAGCAUUGUUUUCAUAUUGCAUAUGUUUAUAUGGCUGAGUACAUUGUAAUAAAUUCAGUAUAAAAAAUUGCAGUAAUAAUUGAGUACAUUUUAUAACAAAAUCAGUCUUAAUUCUGAUCCAAUGUAAAUUAAAUAAAUAAAGAGUACUUUCUUAAUUUUACAGUUAGGGUCACCUUUAGUUUCUUACUGAAAUCAUUACACUCGCAUUAUUCCAUUUGCAUCAAGUCUUUAACUGUGAACAGGUUGCCACAAACUUCUGUUAAAUUAACUUUACUGUUUCAAGCUUAACAGGAGUAUAAUUUUUAAUGUCUAAUAGCUUUUGAGUUAAAUGUGUUACUGAAGCAGAAAACGAUCUCUUUCUACAGUUCAUCACAAGUAGCAAAACUUCAAUUUUUAUGAUGCUCUGAAAAUAAACACUUAGGCAUUGCAGGUCAUAUCUGAAAGCUAUCAGCUCAUAGUUGUUAUAAAUAGUACGUCUGCAGGAUUGUCAGGAUUUCAUUGCUCCCAAUGUAAAAAUUGGUAGUUUUAGUACUAAAUUUAAUGAUUUUACUCCUUGCUAACAUGUUACUUUAUUUAUAGUUCUGUAAGAAUACAUUUUCAUUUUCUCCAACGUAACAAAAUGGAUCUAUAUUGCUUAAAAGUAUGUAAAUAUCCCCUUGGGAUUAAUAAAGUAUCUAUCUAUCUAAAAAUCACAGAAAUAUAUUUACAGUUUAAAUUUCAUUUGCAUUCCCUAAAAAAGUAUUAUAAAAUAAUGUUGUUGUUCUGUCAGUUGUAGGUUUAAAAACUUUUAGCAGUGUUAAAUAAACUACUUAAAGCCAAUUAUAACUGAAGAAAUAAUAAGUGUGAAAAGUGCAAUAAUUCAACAUAUGAUGUCGCAAAAUACAAUAUGGGAGGAAUGCAUUGUAAAUGAAAUGUAAAUAUUUUUGUGAUAUUACAUAAUCAGGACUCGGUCUAUCAGUAUUUCCAGUUACUAAAAAUCAUACAUAGUGGAAUGGUUGUUUGUUUGCACAGCUCGCUUUUUAGUUCCCUACCCAGAUUGCUGCACACAAUUACAAUUACUGCAUAGUUAAAGUAAAAAAUGUGUUUUGUGUCAAAAGAAAGAAAAAGAACAGGAAGACACUGAAUAUAAAAAUACCAAGCAACAUGUACAUAACAUUUUACAUACAUAUAGAUGUUUUUAAAACAUUCCAACAUGCCUAAUGUUAAAUAUUAUAAAUUGAAUUGCAUGUUUAAAUCAAGGCUGAUUUGGGUAGUGCUGCUGCCUCACUGAUCCUGCUUACUAGGUUCAGAUUCUGUGCCCAGCCGUUGUCCUAGUGGAGAUUGCACAUUCUUCCCAUAUUAGCAUCAGUGAGUUUGUUCACAUUUCUUAUCAUGGUUUUUUUUUGUGUUUUUUUUUAAUGUUUUAUUAUUGACUGUUACUGUUCCCCAUUCUCUUCCUCUGCUCAGUUGUGGUAUUAUGUCACACCAUGUAUUUGAGAAGAUGUUCACAAAUCCAACAUUUAGUUUAGUUUAGGUUUUCAUUUUGGUUUUAUAUGUGAGUACAACCAUCACAGAUACAAAAGGUGAAAGGGGGAGGAUAGAAGCAGCUAACAAAAUCUUAAGACUCUUCACAGUAGGAUUAAAAGCAUGUAGGUGAUGGGAAAUGAUCAAGAUUGAGGGAACCUGAUGGAAAACAGUCAGGGAACCUAUUUCACUAAUAAACGUUUUUGAAAGCUGAGUAUUGGUACGAUGGAUGUUAACAUGAAAGCAUGAAUGGUUAAAAAAUGCUGGUAGCAGUAUUUUGGUCAAAACGUUAACUAGGUUCUUUCUUCUGUGAUUACAUUUUGUUACAUUUUUCAACAAAUACUCAACAUGUACCAGCAAGCAGUGAC